GGAGGAUCAAAUGUAUAUAUAUUUACUACAAACAACGUGUUAUUAUUGUAUAUGAGACAGUAUUUUUGUUUUUUUACGCCUUAUUUAAAAUAAUAUCAGUGAAAAUUAGGCAUUGUCUGUGAGAUCAUUCGCUUUACUUUUGGGCAAAGCAUUUACUCGUUAACACUGUUAUCAUCAGUUAACCCCGGUCUAAUUAAUUGAUUACAUACAAUUCAUUGGAAGGGAUUUAAACAAUGUGCUUUAUCUCAUUAAUAUCGUUCUUGUGUCGUAAUACUUGUGGACGACUUAUGAAACGUAAAAAGAAUCCAUCAGAGCGUAGUGUGGGUCGGGCAAUUGUCGAUCAAAUGGCAUUAUUUCGGCGUGCUCCUGGUCCAUCUUAUGUUCCAAGAUAUUGA